UCGCAAACCCUCAUCUCCCAGUCGGCCAGUCCUCCCUUCUUCAACAGCAUUGCCGCCGCCGCCGCCGUGGCGUCGGCCUCCGUUUCCGUCUCCGGCCGCGCUCCGCCAGAUCCAAAAGGCAAGCUAAUCUUUUCAAAAAAAAAGGCAAGCUAAUUGUCCCCAGCCUCAUCAAUUCUGGAACACAGAAGCUGUCUUAUUCUCCGCGCAACUCAUCACAUCACUAAUUAGCGGUGAUCCAACUGCAGUGCGGGGAUUGUUAAAAAAAAAAAACUGCAGUGCGGGGCGACCUCGUCCUCACGGCGGGGGAUCCUGACUCCACGAGAUGGAGCAGCCCCCCGAGAAGAGGAACCCGGCGGCCAGCCUCACGGACGAGGUCCUGGUGAAGAUCCUCAGCCGCGUCCCCGUCCGCUCCUUGUACCGCUUCAAGUGCGUCUCCCGGUCCUGGCGCAACCUCAUCUCCGACCCCGUCCACCGCAAGAAGCUACCACACACCCUCGCUGGCUUCUUCUACCACAGCUGGAACGGCGAUCGUUUCCCCAGCAGGGCGCACCACUUCACCAACGUUACCGGAAAAGGUGUACCAUUCAUCUUUCCUUCAUUCUCCUUCUUGCCCGUCCCCAGUGACGAUGUAGACCUCUUGGAUUCUUGCAAUGGUCUCCUCCUUUGCUGUUGCUUUGAGCCUGGUCCUAGUGAUGCCGACGGGUUUCGACAGUUCCAUUAUGCUGUGUGCAAUCCCGCGACCCAGAAGUGGGUGAUGUUGCUGGAUGGCAGUUGGGAUAGUGGCCAGGAUCGCACAGCCCGCUUGGGGUUUGAUCCGGCAGUCUCCUCACAUUUCCAUGUGGUUGAGUAUGUGCUGGACGAGGGUGGGUGCGUCACAGGGGUGGAGAUCUAUUCAUCCAAAACUGCAGCAUGGAGCUUUAAGGAAAGUGAAUGGGGCGAUGAUGUUAUGCUAGAUGCAUCAGCGAGAAGUGUGUUUCUUAACGGCUUCAUGCAUAUGCUCACGUUCUCUCAUGGGAGAGUGUUGGUGGACAUGGAGGGGAAAACAUGGAGGACAAUUCCUGUGCCAACUGAUAGUUGUUUUUCUGGUGGCAUCCAUCAAGCUCAGCGUCGCCUGUGUUUUCUUAAUGUUAAUGAUGGUGAUGCCUUCAAAAUGUCGAUCUGGUUCCUUGAAGACCAUGGUACUAAUGAAUGGACAUUGAAGCAUUCCGUCAGGACUCCACUGCUGUUUGGGCGGAAGAACCUUCAAUUUGAGUCGGACUACAUAGUGAUUACUGUUCACCCUGAAUGUAAUUUGAUUUACUUUGUUUACGGGUGGGACAAUACACUGAUGGCAUAUGAAAUGGACCGCAAGGAAGUUCGUGUCAUCUGCAAUCUUGGAUAUGAUUGCUCGAAGCCCUAUCUUCCUUAUGUUCCCUUGUUCUUGGAGGUACUAGCAGAUGAGCAGUGAAACUGUUACAUUCACUGCAGAUAUGUUUUUGAUACUGCAAUGACAAUUUCAUAUUGAUGCAGUAAGGGUUAUAUGUGUCAUUCCUCGUAGUCUGAUUGUUUUAGGAAUCAGUCAGAUAGACUGGCAGAAAUGUUAAGUUUCUGUUUUCUUGUUGUAUGCAAGUGAGCAUGUCUCUUUUGUGCUAUUUUGAUUUGGAUCAAUGUGGUUUAAUUGUUUAGAUCUCAUGAACUGCCUUUAGGAAGGCUAGCUGUAUUCUUUCAGUUAAAGUGCUAUGUUAUUGCAGUUUUCUUUGGCUGUGCUUAUUAAAGUCA